GAGAUUUUAAGAUCCGUCUUCUUGUAUCUAUCUGCAGUGUACAAAUGGUAUACUGACUGCAACACUAUGGCAGAAAUGAACCACGCCUUCGGCGGAAUGUUUGAUGAUUUCUUUGCUGUUAAAGGAAACCCUACAUUUAUCAAGGACGACCUGGGGGUACCGAUCCCCGUGCACAAGGUAGAUGGAUACAUUUACCCACAGUUCAUAACACCAGCAGUUCACGAAAAUAUGAAAAGUCUGGAAACAAGGCCCGAUGAUGUAUGGUUCUUCUCAUAUCCCAGAUCAGGUCAACAUUGGACUUGGAAUAUUGUGUACAGGCUGACCCACGACCUACAAGAGGCUCCAAAGGGUAUGGAGGAGUUCUGUGUGCCGGAGUUAGUGCCACUAGAUGUCAUAAGUGCAAUACCUUCUCCAAGAAUCAUGAGAACCCACCAGCUACCAAAUACUAUUCCAAAGACAGUAUGGGAUAAGAAGUGUAAAGCUAUCAACAUUGUUCGUCACCCAAAAGAUGCGGCAUAUAGUUUAUUCAAACUCCAAUCGGCACUACUAUACCAUGGUUGCAAUGGGACAUGGGAGGGAUAUCUGCCCCUGUGGCUGAAAGGAGAAGUACCAUGGAAUGAUUGGUUUAGACAUGUGAAAGAAUAUAAAAAACUAGGAGAAAAAGUUGACAUAUUGUUCCUUACCUUUGAAGACAUAAAGAAAGAUACACUUGGUACAAUAAAGAAGAUAGCUGAGUAUUUGGGAGUAAGUUGGAGUGAAGAUGAUUACAAGAGAAUCGUGGAUGAAACACACAUUGAUGCGAUGCUAACUCGCAAUAAAGAAUGGAAUGCCUAUUCAAAAGACGGACAGGAUGCGAUGUUUAGAAAAGGGAAAUUUGGUACAUGGAAAGAACACUUCACUGUGGCACAGAAUGAGCUGUUCAAUAAAGUUUACAAGGAACGGAUGGAAGGAAUGCCAUUCGUUUAUGAUGACUGUUAAACUAUUGAUGGACUUUGUUCAACAUAGACCCUUAGAGGGGCAACGAGGCCUGUAGAGAGAAAAUUCAAAACUUUUACUUUCCUGAGCUAUCAGGACAUACCUAGUUCAAAGCUUCUAUAAAUAUAUUUUGGCCCUGGUCGAUAGUUGAAUCUAAUUGAAUCUAAUCUGCACUAAUUGUUGCACCUUUAAAUUGCAAUAUUACUAGAAACUAUGAAAAACAUUUGUUUUUGCACAUGCUUUUGAAAGUAUGAGAACUUGAGUAUUUCUGAAUAAAAACAUCUCUUAGAUAUUGUGUGAAUAGAUACGUCAAUUUGACAAUAAUAUCCAUAUUAAGAAAAGUGAAU